GGGAGCCGGCGUGACAGCCUCGGUGACGCUGUUCGGGCGAGCGCAGCAGGCCUGGGCGCAGACAUGGGCUCUGUGACCUUUGAAGAUGUGGCUGUAAACUUUACUGUGGAGGAGUGGGCUCUACUAGAUCCUUCCCAAAAGAAGAUGCACAGAGAUGUAAUGGAGGAGACCUUCAGGAACCUGGCUGCUAUAGGGAAAACACAGGAAGACCAGGACGGACUUGAUGACCACAGAUAUUCUAAAAGAAAUCAAAGAAAUGAAAUUGUGGAAAGACUGUUGGAACAUAACAAAGGUAGUGAGUGUGAAGUACUCUUCAGACAAAUUCCAAAUAAUGUUGUGAAGAGGAAGUUUUCUCAUAGAGCGAUGCUUUGUGAAAGCCAUGUGUGUAAAGACAACAUGCUCAUUGGUCAUUCAUCUCUUAAUGUGUCUGUGCCUCUUCAGACUACACAUAAACCUCAUGAAUAUGAGCUAUGUGGAGAGAGCCUCUAUAAAUUUGGAGAAUGUGAGAAAGCCUUUAUUUAUCCAGAAUGCUUUCUGAAGCAUGAAGACAUUGACAUUGGACAGAGAUCUUAUGAAUGCCACCAUUGUGAGAAGAUCUUCAAAAGUAAUGGUUACUUUCAAAUAUGUGUGAAUAAUGAAACUAAAGAAGAAAUAUGUAUGGAUAAGCAGGAGUAUAAUGCCUUUACUUACCCUGAUUUUCUUCAGCACGUUGAAAAGAUCCACACUGGAAAGAAACCCUAUGUAUGUAAACAGUGUGGGAAAACUUUUUCUUUUUUGAGUAACAUUCGAAGGCAUGAACGGACUCACACUGGAGAGAAACCGUACAAAUGUAGUAUAUGUGAUAAAGCCUUCACUUGUUUGACUAACUUUCAAGAACAUGAAAGAACUCACACCGGAGAGAAGCCCUAUUUAUGUGCACGAUGUGGGAAAUCCUUUUCUUUCCUGAGUAACAUUCGAAGACAUGAACGUACCCACACUGGAGAGAAACCGUACAGAUGUAAUAUCUGUGGAAAGGCCUUCAGUUAUUUGACUAACUUUCAAAACCAUGAAAGAACUCACACCGGAGAGAAACCUUAUGUGUGUGCACAAUGUGGGAAAGCUUUCACUUACUACUAUUCCUUCCAGACACAUAAACGAUGCCACACUGGAGAAAAACCCUAUGUAUGUAAACAGUGUGGAAAAGCCUUCAGUUAUUACAAUUCCAUUCAGACACAUAAACGAUGCCACACCGGAGAAAAGCCUUAUGUAUGUAAGCUGUGCGAUAAAGCGUUUACUACUCUCAGUUCUCUUCGGUACCAUGAGAGGAUUCACAGUGGGGAGAAGCCCCAUGUAUGUUUGCAGUGUGGGAAAGGUUUCAUUUCUUCAAGUACACUUCGAAUACAUAAAAGGAUUCACACUGGAGAGAAACCCUACAAAUGUAAACAGUGUGGGAAAGUCUUUAGUGUAGACAGUUCCCUUCGAUACCAUGAGAGGAUUCACAGUGGGGAGAAACCCUAUGUGUGUAAGCAGUGCGGGAAAGCUUUCACUCGCCACACCUCCCUCCGGCGACAUGAGAGGACCCACUGUGGGGAGAAACCCUUUGUAUGCAAGCAAUGUGGGAAAGGUUUCAUUUCUUCCAGCAACUUUCAAAAACACGAAUGGACUCAUUCUGGAGAGAGACUGUGUGUAUGUAAACUAUGUGGGAAAGCCUUCACUGGUCAUAGUUCGCUGCGACGCCAUGAAAGAAUUCACAGUGGAGAAAAACCCUAUGUGUGUAAGCACUGUGAGAAGGGUUUCUCUUCUUUGAGUAGUUGUCAGAGACAUGAACAAAUUCACACUGGUGAGAAACCCUAUGCAUGUAAGAAUUGUGGGAAAGCCUUCACUAAUCCCAGUGCCCUUCGAAAUCAUGAAAGGAUUCACAGUGGCGAAAAGCCCUAUGUCUGUGAGCAGUGUGGGAAGAGUUUCAUUUCUUUUAGUAAGUCAAGAAUACAUUUACGGAUUCACACUGGAGAGAAACCAUAUAAGUGUAAGCAAUGUGGGAAAGCCUUCACUGGUCACAGUUCCCUUCGACGUCAUGAAAGAAUCCACAGUGGGGAGAAGCCUUUUGUAUGUAAACGCUGUGGAAAAUCCUUCUAUACUUUAAGUGAUUGUCAAAGACAUGAACAAAUUCACACUGGUGAGAAACCUUACAUUUGCAAGCAAUGUGGGAAAGCCUUUACCCGGUCCAGUUCUCUUAAAAUACAUGAGAAGACUCACACUAGAAGGAAUUCCUAAGUGUAGAACAUGGAAAGACCUUGUUGACAGUGCUUAGGGCAGAGAACCAGUGCCAUGUUGUCUGUAGGAAUGCUUCCAGUCACCUUGGUUAUAUUCACAAGUGUAAUAGUUCGUACCGUGGUAAGAAACCUCAGAUGGAUGUGUGGAUGUCUUCAGUGGGCUAACCUCUGAGAAUGGACCCGUAUCAGAACUUGCAUAACAAACUUAUAAGCUGGUACAACAAUUUUCAAUGUUUUGUGAAGAUCUUUUAAGUAACAGAAUUCAUAAAUUCUUUUAAGAUUUCUGUGAAUGAAUUUGUGAAAGAACUGUGCAUUAAUUGGUCUAAUUCAGAAGGUAAGUCUCUGGAAUGUUUACUUCUAAUUUUUAUUCUCGUAAAUAAACUUUCAGGUGACCGAU